UCAUCUUUAAUUUUUUUUGAAUUCAUUUCUUCACGUAAACAUCCUACUCCAUCUCUCUCAUUACACUCCUUUCAAAAACCUCCAAAACAAAAAGAAAAAAAAAGAAGAAGAAGAAGAAAAAAACCCUCCAAAACAAAAGAAAAAAAAGAGAAAAAAAGAAGAAGAAAAAAACAUCCAGAUAUAUAUAGCCAUACUGCAUACUGUUGUAGCUAAUUAAGCUAUAGCUUGGUAAUCCGCAGCCAUGGCGCCGGACGUCGAGGCGCGGCUGCUCGCCGCCUCCUCCAAGCCGGCCACCGCCGCCGCCGCCUCGCUGCCGCGCCGCAACAAGUACCCCUUCUUCUGCGCCGUCCUCGCCUCCAUGACGUCCGUCCUCAUGGGCUACAACGUGGCGGUGACGAGCGGGGCGCAGAUCUUCAUGGCGGAGGACCUGGGCGUGAGCGACGCGCAGAUCGAGGUGCUUUCGGGGGCCAUCAACAUCUACUCGCUCGUCGGCGCGCUGCUCGCCGGGUGGACCUCCGACCGCCUGGGGCGGCGGCUCACCAUCGUGCUCACCAACGGCUUCUUCCUCGCCGGCCCGCUCGUCAUGUCGCUCGCCGGCGGGUACGCCGCGCUCAUGGCCGGGAGGUUCGUCGCCGGCAUCGGCGUCGGCUAUGCCCUCGUCAUCGCCCCCGUCUACGCCGCCGAGAUCUCCCCCGCCUCCUCCCGCGGCCUCCUCUCCUCCCUCCCCGAGAUAUUUAUCAAUGGGGGAGUGAUGCUGAGCUACGUGUCGAACUUCGCCUUCUCGGGGUUGCCGGUGCACCUGUCGUGGCGGCUGAUGUUCGCCGCCGGCGUGGUGCCGACGGUGUUCCUGGCGGCGGGCGUGCUCACCAUGCCGGAGUCGCCGCGGUGGCUGGCGAUGAAGGGGCGGCGCGGCGAGGCGAGGGUGGUGCUCGACCGCACGUCCGACACGCCGGCCGAGGCCGAGCAGCGGCUGCAGGAGAUCGAGGACGUCGUCGCCGCCGCCGGCUCCGUUGCCGGCAACGGCAACGGCGGCGGCGGCGCGUGGAAGGAGGUGGCGACCAAGCCCGGCGUGCGGCGGGUGCUCGCCAUCGUGCUGACGCUGCAGUUCUUCCAGCAAGCGUCGGGCAUCGACUCCGUGGUGCUGUACGGCCCGCGCGUGCUCGCCGCGGCGGGUGUGGCGUCGAACACCCUCCUCCUGGGGCUCAACGUGGUGUUCGGCGUCGCCAAGGCGAGCUCCAUCCUCGUCGCCAUGGCGCUCACCGACCGCGUGGGGCGGCGCCCGCUGCUGCUCGCCAGCACGGGCGGCAUGACGGCGUCCCUCCUCGCUCUCGGCUCGGUGUUCGCCGCGUUCGGCGGCGCGAGGGACGACGCGGCGGUGGCGGCGGGCGCCGCCGUCGCCGUGGUGGUGGCGUUCGUGUGCGCGUUCUCCGUCGGGAUCGGGCCGCUGGCGUGGGUGUACAGCUCGGAGAUCCUGCCGCUGCGGCUGCGCGGGCAGGGCGCCGGCGUCGGCACCGCCAUGAACCGCGUCGUCAGCGGCGUGGUCACCAUGACGUUCAUCUCGCUCUACGGCGCCAUCACCAUGGCGGGGGCGUUCUACCUCUACGCCGCCAUCGCCGCCGCCUCCUUCGUGUUCAUCUACGCCUGCCUGCCGGAGACCAGGGGGCGGAGCCUCGAGGACAUGGAGGAGCUCUUCCACACCAAGUGAUGAUCUCAUCUUCCAUCAAUGAAUCAAUUCACAUAUAUAUGCAUUUGGGUUGUUGCAACAUUUUGAAUGGAAAGUUUGAUUCUUUCUUGGUAAGAUUAUCAAAGGUUUUUCAUGUUCAUUUGGCUGAUUAAUUGGUAUACUAUAAAUUUAUUAUUACUGUUGAAAUUGACAUGUAAAGAUCGGUGGGACAGUGGAUACAUACUGGCUGAAUAUGGGGAAAAGAGAAAAGUUUAGAACGGAGGGAUUUUGUAUUAUAGAAAGAAAACUAAAACAUGUGUGUUUAAUUUUGUAAAAAUCCUGUAAAUUUUCUUGACGAGCCUUU